AUGCCUCUUGGAGAGGACGGCAACGGCUGGAAGAAGAAGACGUCAGACAUUAAAGAAUAUUAUGACUUCAAGGAAGUGCUGGGAACCGGCGCCUUCUCAGAGGUGGUGCUGGCCGAGGAAAAGAGGACGCAGAGGCUAGUGGCUAUUAAAUGCAUCCCCAAGAAAGCCCUGGAGGGCAAGGAGACCAACAUUGAAAAUGAGAUCGCCGUUCUCCACAGAAUCAAGCACACCAACAUCGUUUCUUUGGAAGACAUCUUUGAGAGUACAUCCCACCUAUAUCUUGUCAUGCAGCUAGUAUCAGGAGGGGAGCUGUUCGACAGGAUUGUGGAGAAGGGCUUCUACACAGAGAGAGAUGCUAGCCAGCUCAUCCACCAGAUCUUGGAUGCGGUGAAAUACCUCCAUGAUAUGGGAAUAGUCCACAGAGACUUGAAGCCGGAGAACUUGCUGUAUUACAGUAUGGAUGAGGACUCCAAAAUCAUGAUCAGCGACUUUGGCUUGUCGAAGAUCGAGGGAACGGGCAGCGUCAUGUCCACAGCUUGUGGUACUCCCGGAUACGUGGCUCCCGAGGUUCUGGCCCAGAAACCUUACAGCAAAGCAGUAGAUUGCUGGUCAAUAGGAGUUAUCUCUUAUAUCCUGUUGUGCGGAUAUCCUCCAUUUUACGAUGAAAAUGAUGCCAAGCUAUUUGAGCAGAUUCUGAAAGCCGAGUAUGAAUUUGACUCUCCAUAUUGGGAUGAUAUCUCAGAUUCAGCCAAAGACUUCAUCUGUCAUAUGAUGGAGAAAGAUCCUUUGAAGAGAUACACGUGUGAGCAGGCCCUCCAGCAUCCAUGGAUCUGUGGAGACACAGCUUUGGAUAAGAACAUCCACGAGUCUGUCAGUGCUCAAAUCAAGAAGAACUUUGCCAAGAGUAAAUGGAAGCAAGCAUUUAAUGCCACGGCAGUAGUGCGCCACAUGCGGAGGUUGCAGCUAGGCACCAGUAUGGAAGGCCCCAGUCAGAUUACUCCAACCAGCCCCUGCCACGGACACCUGCUCCCUGAGGAGGAGGAAGAGGAGGAUGAAGACUUGGAGAAUGAGGAGGAGGAGAGUUUGUCACAUUGUGAGGACGGCCGCCGUGGAAGCGCCGAGGGCAGCGCAGACCGGGACAGUCUGAGAAGCUGCGCCUACUGCUGCAGGCCGGCCAGCCGGGUCUGA